AUGUUCUCUCUGGGUAGUCAGACUGCUCUUGUCACUGGAGGAAGCCAAGGGAUCGGCUGCGCCCUUACAGUUGGCCUUGCGGAAGCUGGCGCCAACGUGGUGGUCUUCGAUAUCAAUCCCCCAUCAACAAACUUCCAAAGCCUAUCCGCUACGUACGGAGUGGCAACGGCAUACCAGCAACUGGAUGUUUCUAAUGUCCCUGCGCUAAAAGAAAGCUUCAGGAUCAUCAACACAUUCUGUGAAGAGAAUGACGGCCUCGACAUCUGCGUCGCUUGCGCGGGAGUCAACCAAGUGGUUGACUUCCUCGAGACUGACGAGUCAAUCUUUGACAGAAUCAUGAGGAUCAACGUCAAGGGAGCCUAA